AUGACUUCGUAUCGAGAUUAUGGCGGGUCAACUUCACGCUAUGCAAACCGUGGCCCCGCUCGUGCCUUUUCAAUCCCGGACGCUGAUUUUCAACGUGGAGAUACAACACUAAAACGUCGUCGUCACCUCUCGCCUUCUCGUCCAAUCGCUUCUUUGCAUACCAAGUCCAAGUCUCAUGCCCGUAUCAUGUCGCAUAAAAUGACAAGUCAAGAACUUCUUGUUCCUCUUGGGAGCAAUCGAACAGUUACUGCAUAUAAUAGACUCCAUACAAAUACGAAGAGUUAUCAUCGUCCAUCUGGAGGUAGAGGAAGAUCUCGCUCUCCUCGUCAAUGGGAACCUCGAUCCAAGUCCAUAGCUCCUAAACGAAGCAAUCCGUCACCUAUUUCAACCCGUACACGGUCAAAAUCUUCAACACGUGAGAAGAAACGAGACACACGGUCGAGUCGUCGAGAACGUUCAAGUUCAGUGACAAGACGCAGUGGUGGUGGGGCAUCAUUAGGUUCCCGGAAGGAAUUAGAGACGUCUUUGUCUACGUCUAGCAGGACAAUGGAAAGCAGACGGAAACACUUGAAACACAAGAUGCAGGAACGAGAAAGAGAACGUUCUUUGAGUCGUACUCGUUCCUCUCGAUGUUCGAGAAUUGUUAAUUCUAGUGAUGAACAAGAGAAUGUUUCGAGAUAUUCGUCCCGUAGUGGCCGAUGUAGCAGUCAAAGUGGCAGUAGCCUUGCGGAAAUUGAAAGUGCUAUUGCAGACACGGAGCAAGAACUAAAACCAAAGAAGAAGGAAUUAGACGAACUGAAGAAACAAUUGGCAAAAUUACGCAAACGCGUCGAAGCCAAAGAGUUGGAGGUCUACGACCUUCAAGUAGAUCUGGAUGCAUUACGGAAACGUAGAGAACGACGUUUACCCUCGCAUUCUACUGCUAGUACUCGAGACAAAAAGUCUCUGAAAAGGUCAAGGAGCAAGAGUAAACGACGUGAAAGUGAGCGAUCAAGUAGUCGAUCUCGUACUUCCAAACGCCCUUGUAUUGUGGAUGAAGACGAUGAAGGUAGUGAUGAUGACGGUACUGAUGAUGAAGUUGUCAUUUUGGAUCCGAGUGAAGUAAAAAUGGAGAGAGAGCGUAGUGCUGCAGUGCCAAAGAGCGCAGUCGUGCCGGUUGAAGACUCAAUGCCCGACCAUUUUUGGGGUCGAUCCCCAACACCAAAGCUUUUGGCAAAUCACCGUUUCCGGGCAAUUCCGGAUGGCAGCGCUCGCAAAGGACGGCACCUAGCGUUUAACCCGAUUCAGCCCCAAAUUUUUGCAACAAGCCCCGACGAGGGGGGUCUUAUCCUAUGGAGCUAUCAACGCCAGGAUCAAGAUAUCGCUAAGGUAGUGACUUUGAUGCCAUCAUCGUUCCGCGAGGGUAGUCCGUGUGCGGAAGCCAUCUCUUGGAGCCCAGACGGAAACCGGAUGGCCAUGGCAUUUCGUGAUCCUGUGAACGAAAAGGGAGAGUUCUGCAUUGUGCAGCUUCACCAGCUCAAGCUUGAAGAUAGCCGAACAUCGCAAUCACUUCCGGGUAACCGUAUCACCUCGAAGUGCACUACAUUACAUCCAAGAGGUAUUUCUACAAUCGACUGGCUGCCAAGUGACAAUGGGCCUGAGACCACAAGCCGUCAACUGAUUACUACGGGCAAUUCAGACCACGCUGUUGUGUUGUGGGAAGAACACGAGAAUAGACAGAACGGUGGCUUGGAUCUGAAGUGGACCGUGCUGCACCGCGACCAUCGUAGUGAAGUUAAAUCGCUUUGCGUUCAUUCCAAGCGUGAUUGCUUGUACACUGGUGGUCUUGAUGGCCUGUUGGUCCGGUACGAUUUGAACAAGGGGCGUACGGAAACCGUGUUGGAACGUCGUAAGCCAAACAUUUCGAAGAUCAACUCGGUCCUAGAGCAUCCACACAAUCCGAAUUUGCUUCUGGUCAGUUGUGUGGAGCAGACUAGGCACAGCUUGUUGUUGCAUGACCUUCGUCAGCGAUACGAUGGCAAUGAGAUGUCGUUGACGUGGGAGAGUGGCGCGAUGAGUCAGUACGUCGUGCCGCGGUGGUCGCCUGCAGGCUAUCACGUAUCAUGUGGUAGCAAGACGGGUGUUGUGAAUAUUUGGGACGUGCGUAUGCGGGGGGAUAAGUUUCCUACAGUGGAACCCCAGCAAGCUCUUCGUGUGCAUCACAAGACGGUGUUACAUGCUACGUGGCAUCCACGCUACGACGCAAUGUUUAGCGUCUCCCACGAUCGAACAAUUGGUCUGCUGACUUUCCGAUAG